AGCUUACAGCUAUCAAAUUUGAUCUAAAAAUUCUUUAAAAAUAUACAUCCAACACUCUUUUGUCUUGAGAUUCCAUCCUGAAAAAUUCAACACCAAGACAGAUCAAAUUUUUACAAAGACAAUGAUGGUCGUCUGAGAUCAGUGAGGCAAUCAGGAUCGAACCCACGCAAAGAUGGGGGGAUGGAGAAACGCAGUUCAAGAAGCUGCUGGUUCCAAACCGCUGUUUCUGACCAUAUACGCCACCGUUAUAGUGGGGAUAGUGGUGUCUUCGUUUUACGUAUUCUCUGCCAUUUACUCUCCAUCCGCUUCCACCACUCAGUCUGUCUCUACUUCUUGGCUUUCAUCUCCUUCUCUCUCCCAAAAUGGGGUUUCUCUUUCCAGUGGUCAGUCAAUCAACAUUUCUCAACCUUCAGGAAUUGCAUCACAACCUGGCAGCAACAACCUGAGACCUAUUUGGGAGGCUCCACCUCGUACUUCAAAAAUGCCACCUUUAAAGUUCUUUAGUCUAACAAAAGAACUGGUCGAAGAAAGGGCAAAAGAUAAUGUCAUUAUAGUCACUUUUGGUAACUUUGCAUUUAUGGAUUUCAUCCUGACUUGGGUUAAACACUUGACAGAUCUUGGUGUUUCUAAUCUUCUUGUUGGUGCUAUGGACACCAAACUUUUGAAGGCUUUGUAUUGGAAAGGUAUUCCAGCCUUCGAUAUGGGCAGCCAUAUGAGCACAAUUGAUGUUGGCUGGGGCUCUCCUACAUUUCAUAAAAUGGGGAGAGAGAAAGUCUUACUUAUAAAUGCUAUACUUCCUUUUGGUUAUGAGCUAUUGAUGUGUGAUACAGACAUGGUGUGGUUGAAGAAUCCACUUCCAUAUCUUGCUCGGUACCCGGAUGCAGACGUCUUAACUUCAAGUGACCAAGUUGUGCCAACAGUUGUUGAUGACAGAUUGGCUGACUGGAAACAAGUUGGUGCCGCGUACAAUAUAGGAAUUUUCCACUGGCGGCCAACAGAGCCUGCAAUAAAACUGGCAAAAGAAUGGAAAGAUAUGCUUUUAGCUGAUGAUAAGAUAUGGGAUCAGAAUGGAUUUAAUGAACUUGUACGUAGGCAGUCAGGGCCGGCCGUUGAUGACGAUAGUGGACUUUUUUAUGCUUUUGAUGGAAAUCUCAAGCUGGGAAUUCUGCCAGAAAGUAUAUUUUGUAGUGGACACACUUAUUUUGUUCAGGCCAUGUAUGAACAACUUAGGCUGGAGCCAUACGCUUUGCACACCACGUUCCAGUAUGCUGGUACUGAGGGAAAGCGUCAUCGACUGCGGGAGGCCAUGGUUUUCUAUGAUCCACCAGAGUACUAUGAUGCGCCAGGAGGAUUCUUGUCAUUUAAACCUUCUAUUCCAAAGAGCUUGUUACUGGAGGGGGAGAAUAAUCUCGAAUCACACUUCUCUCUUAUUAAUUACCAAAUGAAACAAAUAAGGUCAGCGCUUGCUAUUGCUUCAUUGCUGAACCGUACGCUGGUUAUGCCUCCACUAUGGUGCAGGUUGGAUAGGCUGUGGUUUCCACAUCCUGGAGUUUUGGUGGGGUCAAUGACUAGACAACCUUUUCUCUGCCCUUUGGACCAUGUCUUUGAGGUAAAUGUCAUGUUGAAAGACCUUCCAGUGGAGGAAUUUGGUCCGGCAAUCAACAUCAGAGAGUACUCUUUUCUGAACAAUCCAUUGUUGCCCCAACAAGUAAAGGAGUCGUGGCUUGAUGUUCAGCUUUGUCAAGAAGGAACUGAAGAUUGCCAUGCAUCAAGCAACACAAGUAGACCAGGUCUUUUAAGAUUUCCAAAACACAGCGGUGAAGAAACGUUCAAGACAGUGUUCUCUGCAUUCAAGGAUGUCAAAGUAAUUCAAUUCUCUUCCAUGCAAGAUGCUUUUCUUGGUUUCUCUGACAAGACAAGAGAGGAGAAAUUCAGGAAUCGUGUGAAGCGGUAUGUAGGUAUAUGGUGCUGUGUUGACAGCCACACUCCCGGACACAUAUAUUAUGACAUGUACUGGGAUGAGAAACCAGGCUGGAAACCUGCCCCACCUCAAACCCCAGAGGAUGAUCAUCCGCCAUUCUGAGGCCCCGUGCCAAUAUUAUCAAAAUAUGGCCAAGUUGUCGGAGACAGAAAAAUGAGAAACAGAAAUCUGUUCAAAGCUGGUUUCAUCUUUGUAGCUGGGAUGAGGUUGUAUCACUUUACAGAGGAAAAAUGUCCAGAAUCUGAAAUUUGAAAUAGUGAAGGGCUGAUUUGUUUUUCACCCCUUUGCUAGUGUAACUGUAGGUAAAAAAAAUUUUGACUUGUAUUUAACCUUUCCACAAUACUAAAUAAAAAGGAAAUGAAGCUAAUGAUUUGAAGGAAGUUAUGGUGCCUACUGAAGGACCCUGUUUCA